AUGUUUUUCCCAGCAAAAGUGUCCCAAAGAGUGUUCUGUUGCUUAACAUUGUUUGUGGCAUUGUGGCUGGAGUUGGAGCACACGGCGGCCCAGUCGUUGCAAGUGAACGAGCAAAAUAUCGAUGAUAUAUUAAAGGGUAAUGACUUGGUUCUGCUGCUUUUCUUUUCGGAUCAUUGCCCGUUUAGUCGGAUGUUUGCGCCCAUAUUCGAUGAGGCUGCGCAGAAGUUGAAGGCCAUGUAUCCGGAGCCUGGUAGGCUGAUUUUGGGAAGUGUGAACUGCAGCGGGGAAAAUGAGUUGGAGAACCAAUUCGACAUUGGGAAAUAUCCUACGGUUAAAAUAGUGAGGCAUGGAAUUGUCGCAAGAACAGAGUACCGUGGGCAGCGAUCCGUGGAUGGGCUAAUAUUACUUGUCUAUAAGGAACUGCAAGAUUCUGUUCAAGAGGUUCAGUCAAUGGACGAACUGAAUUUCAUAAAUGAUCAUAAGUACUUGAUUGUUGGUUACUUUGAGCAUAAGGAUCUGGCCGAUUAUGCAGUUUAUCGCAGAGCAGCUAAGCAAGUUCCAGAUACAUGCCGGCCAUAUGGAAUUUUUGGCCAAGCAUCCAUGCACCUGCGCAAAACCGGCAGAAGUAAAAUCAUUAUUCAACGAAAAAAUGUUGAAGAUCGCGAAGAUUACUACAGCGAGUAUAAUGGUAGAAUAACCAACUUUACGGAGCUUCUAGAGUGGAUUAAUGAGGAGUGCGAGGUGCUGGUGAGAGAGCUAACAUUCGAGAAUGCCGAGGAGAUUACGGAAGAGGGACUGCCAUUGGUUAUACUUUUUCACGACGUAAGCGAUAAGAAGUCAGUCCUUGAUUUCGAGAAAGUUAUCGCAACGGAACUGGAUGAUGAGCUGGAUAAGGUAAUCUUCCUAACCGCAGAUGCUGACGAAUUUAGGCAUCCACUCUUGCACAUGGGUGUGGAACGGAGGUCAGGGCCCAUUAUUGCUGCAGAUUCAUUUGUGCAUAUGUUUCUGUUUUCUAAUUAUGAGCACCUUCAUGUUAAAGGCAAACUUAAGACAUUUGUCAAUGAUUUGAUCUCGGGUGAGCUGCACAGAGCGUAUCAUUUGGUUGAAAUAUCAGCCUACGAAACGGAAACAGAAGAAUCAAAUGAAGCAACUGAAAUAAGUUUCCAUCAAGAAGCGUUACCAGAAUCGGCAUCAACAUUAACACCAAUGUCGAUAACCAAAUCGCCACAAAAACUGCCACCAGAAUCCAAGUUUAAGGCACUCCUACCAUCGAAGCAUCGCUAUACUGCAAGAGAUGAAUUGUAA